UCUAGCUAACAGGCAUUUUAAUACCCAAAAAGAAAGCAGACACAAACUAAACUCUUCUUUGAUCCAUCACCAACAAUGAAAGAAAAUUCAGAAUCAUCAUCAGAAUACGGUGACAUCUCACCCAUCCCCGAAAACAUUUUAUUCGCGAAAUAUGAGAUCGGUCGUCUACUCGGUUGCGGUGCAUUUGCAAAAGUAUAUCAAGCAAGAAAUAUACAGACCGGGCAAACUGUAGCAAUAAAAGCCAUCAGCAAACAAAAAAUCGUACAAGAAGGAUUCGUGUCGAAUAUCAAGAAAGAAAUCUCGAUCAUGCGAAAGUUGCAUCAUACGUAUAUCAUCAAAUUAUUCGAAGUGUUGGCAACCAAAGCAAAGAUAUAUUUCGUAAUGGAGUUUGUCACAGGUGGUGAACUUUUCGCCAAGAUACCGAAAUGUAGAUGUCGAGAAGAUUUAACUCGACGAUACUUUCAGCAGUUGAUAUCAGCUGUUGGUUAUUGUCAUUCUCAUGGUGUUUUCCACCGUGAUCUUAAACCGGAAAAUUUGUUGAUCGAUGCUAAUGGUGAUUUAAAGGUGUCAGAUUUUGGUCUUAGUGCGAUCACGUCGCAGAACAGGGUUUUGUAUACAUGUUGCGGAACACCGGCAUAUGUGGCUCCAGAAAUAUUAGCUAGAAGAGGUUACAAUGGGUCGAAGAUUGAUAUAUGGUCAUGCGGUGUUAUACUGUUUUUGCUUAACUCUGGUUAUCUUCCUUUUGAUUGCAAGAGUCUGCCGGGUAUUUACGAGAAAAUACAUAAAGGCGAGUAUUGUGUACCUAAACGGACAUCACCGGGUCUACGACAUCUUUUUUCAAGACUUCUCGAUACGAAUCCAGCUACUAGGAUUACCGUCGACGAAAUUAUCCAAGACCCUUGGUUUUCGAAAGGUUAUAAAGAGAUCAAAUUCCAUGACUAUGAUGAUAAAUAUCUAACCAAAGGAAUGAAUCCUCAAAACGACAGCUUGAAUGCAUUUGAUAUUAUCUCAUUCUCUCGGGGGAUUGAUUUAUCAGGUUUGUUUGAGAGUUUCGAUAAAUCGGUCGCAGUGGAAAGUGAUCGAUUUAUUACUGCAGAGACACCGGAGAACAUUGCAACAAAGAUCGGUGAAGUCGCAGCGGGAGCAAAACUCACGAUGACGAAACAUGGUGAUUGGAAGCUAAAUUUGGAAGGGCCGAGCGGGAAGCUAUUUGUCGGCAUCGAAAUGUACAGGUUGACGGAAAGUUUAGCAGUAGUGGAAGUACGGUCAUAUGAAGGUGUUUGGGAGAAGAGAUUCCAGCCGCUCCUUAGUACACUGAUUUACAACCCGGAAACAAGCGCCGAAUAAUAUUAAUUAUGCCCGGAAGUGGGGCUGGCUUGGUCUUGCUUGGUUUUCUUCAGGGGUUAGGGCUCAGCUUUCGUUGUAUCACAUAUGAAGUACCAACUUGUUCUAGUGUUAGGUGGUGUGGACAGUGCAGGGCUAGGCAUGGGGCUGGCCCAGUCACUGUUUAAUAAGUUCU